GCGACUUCAGAGACAGCGAGCGUGAAACUGUUGUUCAGCAUGUGCGACUGGCUCAUGGCCGAGGAGGACCUGUUUCCUUGCUCCAUGCUGUUCAUCGGUGUGAUGUGUGUGGUUAUGCUGCUGGAACCAAGAGGGCUGUUCAGCUGCACAUUGACAGCAGUCACGGAGGCCAAGGUGGCAUCACCAGCCGCUGCGAGGGACAGACCCCAGACUCAAAGGAUAACUCAGGGGAUUCGGAAAACAUGGAGUACAAUGAGAGCACGCGAAUGUUCCAGUGCCGUCAGUGUCCUUUCUCCAGCAAGAAACGCAGCGAGAUGAGGUCGCAUGUGGUUUACCAUUCCUCACGGCCAGACUGCAUCUUCAAGUGCAUGUUCUGCCCUUUCUAUGUUCCCACUAAAGGUGAGCUCUUUGAGCACUUGAAUGUUCACGGAAUGGAAGUGCCAGCCUCUGUGCUCGAAGCUGCCAGCAAAGUAUCCAGCACUCCUGCACCAGUGCCUCAAGAGGAACCUGGAAGUGGAUCUCGGAACCUUGCCUGUGACAGCUGUCCCUUUGAGACCAGGAGUCGUGCGAAACUGAUGCAUCACCGCCAGUUCCAUAAGCCCAAAGGUCUACCUUUCCGUUGUCCUCACUGCACCUACAAUGUAACACGUCGCCACCUCUUAUCCCAGCACAUCCGUGUGCAUGGAAUGGAUCCGGUGUUGGAUGACAGCAUCGAGGUGAGCAGCGUUAAUGACAAUAAUCAGGCAGACGACAGGUCCAAUUCUCCUUCUCCAUCUCUUACCAUCACACCCGUCAACAAUGUGGCAGCAAGUGGCAAUACAGGCGAUGAUAACACAGUCACAGACUCCUCCUUGCUUCCCAAGUUGACAGACCAGAGUACCAUGGUUUUAGAUGACAUACCACUUGUUUGGGUGUCUAGAGAUAAUCGUUUCUUUAAAAUGUUCAAAUGCAGGCAUUGCCCACAUGUCAAUUUACGUAAAACAAAUAUACAAGAGCAUGAGAAAAUGCACAAAACUGACUCAGCAAGAGAAAGCGGUGGCUUACAUUGUCCAUAUUGCUCUUACGUUAGUGUUAAUGCCGGUGUUAUGUCAGCACAUAUGAAGGUACAUGCUGGCUCCAUGGGACAGUGCCAUGCCAUUGUUGACCCAUCCCUCUCAGAUGAAGACCAGUUGAGACAGCUCACAACAAGAGCAAGUACAAGUCGCCCAGAGACUCCGCAAACCCCAGAGAUACCAGGGAUUAGUGCAGCGCCCGCAAGAAAAGCAGAUGAGAAGGUGAUUUACUACUGCCAACAGUGCCCUGCUAGAUUCUUCUUUGAGAAGGAGAUUCAGAUUCACACCCGGUUCCACACAACGAGCCUGCCUCAUAAGUGUGAUCACUGUAACUACGGUGCACGACAGCAGGCUCACCUCCUCGCACAUCUCAAGGUGCACACACCUGAGUACCAGCAACGUACUCGCACCAUGAUGGGUCAGCACCGAACUGCUACCACUCAUCCUCCGGUUCCUGGGCUAACGAUCCCCCACGAAACAUCUGUGGAGACUUCUGGUGACAGCCAUGAGUCGGCCAACAACUCUCGGCCAUUCACAGCAUCCCCACCUCCUACCUCCGUUCCACAGCCUCCCCCUACAAGCAAGUACAUGUGUGAUGAGUGUCCAGCAUCAUUCUCCAAGCUGUUGACCUUACAGUACCAUCAGUCUCUCCAUGGAGCCAACAACCCCCACAAGUGCCAGCGAUGUUCAUAUGCAGGCAAGACAGAAGAAAAUCUCCAACAACACCACCUCUUACACAGUCAGUAUGAUGAGACCAUACAAGCAGAAAAAGCAUCCAAAGAACCACCACCUCCUCCUACCCCACCUCCUCCUCCUCCUCCUCCUCCUGAUCCUGCUCCUUCUCCUAAACCUGCACCUGUCCCUGUCUCAACUCCGAGUGAAACCCCAGCUCCCAAAGCCCCAGAGAGAGAAAAGCCAGCACCCCCAGAAGAGCCUUCCAAGAAGAGCACUGAGAGGGACUACUCAUAUCAUCCACCAAUCAAACUGAAGCUCAUUGGCCUGAGACCAAUUGCUUCAGAAAGUGGUGGGCGGCCUCAGUUCAAGUAUUACGUUGAAGAACAGAUUCCUCUGUCUGGCGUGGACUUGCUGAGACGGAAAACACAGCUGGAGAAGGAAGGGCAGGAUAAAAUCACCAAUAAUGAAUCAGGAAGUAGCAAGGGGUACAGCGGGAAGAGCAAGUCAUCGAAAGAGAAAGAGGAUGUGGAAGAGGAUGACCCCAAGAGGGUAGGUGACCCGAAAUUGUACUACCCAAUGCACAUAGACAAGGUCACAGGGAAAUCACGGGAAAAGAGGUACAAGUGUAACAAGUGCCCUUCAGCAUUUGAGAAGACAGAGCAGUACCAUGUUCACUCCAAUCUCCAUGGUUCGAAUCACAAGUACAGGUGCCGCAUAUGUGAUUACUCAGUGAAAUUCUACGCCAAUUUCAUGAUGCACAUUAACCGCCACAAAUACCACGAGCGGAUGCUCUCCCAGAAUGGUGAGGGCCCUCCACCCGAGGACAUUGACCCCAAGUAUGAGCCCAUCAUCAGCUCUAAUGAAAACAACAUCCAGGGAGAAAAACCGAGCAAGAGCAGGGGGGAAGAGUCCAACAAAGAGAAUCUGGAUGAUGUUGACCUAACCACUUCAGAGCGCCAGCACCUCCUUUUACAGAACAAGAAGGGGGUGAAGGAGCCAACCAACAAAGAAGAUGAGAAGGAGAGGAGAGUCUAUUACUGCCAGUAUUGUCCUUACGCUAAUGUCAGACGCGACGCAGUGGAUAGCCACAGUUUGCGUCACCAAGCCAAUGGUGGGUAUGGUGUCUACAAGUGCACUUUCUGUGACUACACAGCCUCGCAGCCCAACUUCAUCCGUGAGCAUACCAAGGUCCAUUUCCGUCCCUUCAAGUAUGUUCAUCCUGAGGGAUUCAUGCGCCAUGACCGUCAGGAGAUCCUAAGUGCCCCCAUUGUACCGCCAGGAUCCAAAGCAAUCGACGGUCCCAAGUUGCAGGACAGUAAGAACGCAAGCAAUGUUGAGGACAGGUACCUUAUUUUCUCCCAUGACACUGGCGUGUACAAGCCACCCAUUAUCAGUAACCCAGGGGAGGAAGAGGAGCCCGACUCUCACAUCGCCAGUGGAAUCCAGGUCAACUUCCGUUCGGGCGACAUCGUGGAAGCGCCCAACGACUUCGUGAUUUCCCUCCGGCCCGGCGCCAAGAUCCGCAGCGGACCAGGGAUGAUGGAGUCCAGCGACCCUUUCGCUACGGACGGACUGGACUCGGCAGCCUCCAGUGUACAGGGCGAGAGUACUCUGUGUAGCGCCGACAUCAUCUCCAAGUCUCUCCCAGACGAGCCGCUACCGGAGAACGAGGGUGCGAGCGAGGACAAGACGGAGAGUAUGGAUGUAGACCCACACGAAGACCCCACAGAAGGAAAGAGCCAGGUGCAGCAGGAGCCCCUCGAGGACGACCAGGAAACCAGGCUGACCAACGGCCACGUCCAUAUGGAGGUAGGAGAAGGGUCCAAGGAGGCCACCGACAAUGAGGAAGAGAAUGCGAAAAUGGAAGUGGUGGCAAAGGGAGAGGACCUCGUGCCGGCCCAAGAAGGGAGCUCGGCGGACCAGCUCCCCUUGGCCAAGAGAGCGGCCGCGCAACCAGAGCCUUUAGUCAGUUCUUAGUGAACAUAUCAUUUGUAUCGGCAGUUAAAACAAUAUAUAUAUUUUUGUGAUUCGGGCUGUGAUUAGAGAGAGAAAGAAAAAAUGUGUACGGCCAUUUGUACUGGAAAAAAACGAUAGUUCGUUGGAGUGUAGCACUUACAUUAUUGUAAUUAAGUAAUUUAUUCACGACAGAAUAUACUUCCUGGCAUUAUUUAUAUAGCUUUUUAGUAUAGGAGGGCAUCAGUCACUCUAACUGCCACGUUCAGGUUUUAACAGACCAAAGACUUGGAUCGGCAUACAACUUUUUAUCAACUGUAUCAAAGUUAAAAAGAAGCGAAAAAAAAAAUAGAAAAGAAAGAAAACUUUCUUUUUUUGCCUUUACCAAGCAUUUUACGUGACUUUUGUAUGCUCAUGUAUGAUGUGUAAUAGUCCAAGCAAGAAGUGUGAUUCUUUGUAUAUGUAUACACCUAUCAUGUAUCUAAUGUAAUUAUGUUGCUGGUCAUGUUGCCGUAUGUUGGGAGGUCGGAUGAACGCAUAGCGCGUGCCGCAUGUCUCUGUGAUGUGGACGAGAGACGGGCAAAGACACGAAGACGGACAAAUAGUCACAGACAGACAGACAGACAGAAAAAAUGAUUGCCUGCGAAGGAAGGAGAGAAAGAGAGAGAGAGAGAAUAAAUGAAUGAAUGAUAAAAUGUUUGAAUAUACGGGAGAUGCUAAUUGACAUAACGAAGAUAAGAGUGGAUACAUUUUCCUGUGAAAUGCGUGUGCGUGUGUGUGUUUGUAGACCAACAGACAAAAAAGAGUGGGUCAUUGCUGAACAGACAAAAGGGAACAGCAAAAGCAUCCUCAGAUUUCAAAGAAUGUCGAAUCUGAUUAUCAGCAGUUCAGGUUUGUACCAGGUAACGAAAGCGAAGACAAAGAAGGACUAGAUUUUUUAUUUGGUAUUUAAACAUUUAUCUUAAAUUAAAAUAUUAAUUUCUCUAUCGGCAACAGCAAUAAUAUGUUACAGUGAAUAAAAUUGUAUUCACCAACAGCAAACCCAUUGUCCAUUUUUGUGCUGCCAUUUCAAAGUGUUUUGUUUUUAUUUGUCUUUUUUUAUUUAUUUUUAGAGGUCUUGGUGAACUGAGGUUAGAUUAAAGAACGAGAUUUUUGUAAAGAGAAAGUCUCCAAAUUUACCAUCCCUUUGUUGUGAGCACCGCUAUCUGCGUUCGUCUACGUGUGGGCGGGAUUUUGUAAUCUAUUUUCACAAGAAUUUUAUGCUAAGAA